AUGGAUGUGAGUCAGUCGCAUGCUCAACCUCCAGGGCCAGCCUCCAGCAUCGGUCAGUACACUGGAUAUGGCCAGCCCCAGACAUUGCAGCCAUCGGCGCACAACUAUGCGCCAAGCUACGGCUACCCGUAUCCGGCCACUAUGGCACCAAUGUCCGCAGGUCAUCCCGUGACAUCUUCAAUGGGCGGUCAGAUGGUUGCGCAGUCUCUUCCACUGCCUACCAUGGCUGCGUCCGCGCAGCCAGCGUCUUCGGGCAAUCAGCAAGACUUCUCUCAGCGCCCUUUUGACACGACCGGUCAGAUUGCUCCACCCGGAAUGAAGCCACGCGUGACUGCGACACUCUGGGAAGAUGAAGGUAGUCUGUGCUUCCAAGUUGAAGCCAAUGGCGUCUGUGUUGCAAGACGCGAGGACAACCACAUGAUCAAUGGGACGAAGCUUCUCAAUGUCGCUGGUAUGACGCGUGGUCGUCGCGACGGUAUCCUGAAGAGCGAGAAGACUCGUCACGUUGUCAAAAUUGGGCCGAUGCAUCUGAAAGGUGUCUGGAUCCCAUUUGACCGCGCCCUGGACUUUGCGAAUAAGGAGAAGAUAACCGAGCACCUCUACCCUCUGUUUGUACACAACAUCGGAGCUCUACUCUACCAUCCCACCAACCAGGCUCGUCAAAGCAUCGGCAACGCCGCAAUGGCCGCUAGGCGCCCCGAUACGGCUGAUUACUUGCGAACACCACAAGGGACGCAGCCUCCGGCACUGACGCACCAUCACUCCAUGUCAAACCCGAUCGGCGCGAGCAUCCCCCAGCCUCCCCAUUCGAUCGCGCCGCAUCCUGCUUCCGGUAGGCCAGGCCUCGACAGAGCGCACACCUUCCCAACACCGCCAACGAGUGCAUCAAGUCUGACCAUGGGUAUGGGCAAUGCAGGUAGCUCUUACGAGUACGGCGGAGGUCAUGCGGGGAGCAUAAAUUCAGGUCAGCCUCUUUCCGUUGAUACAGGCAUUACCUCCAGAACUGUGCCAACGACUCCAGCUUCCUCACCGCCCGGCAGCGCGCAAAGUAUUCAGUACCAGACGACGCAGUCUUACGAUCCCUCACGGCAGAUGUACGCCGCGAGCGCCAACUAUAGCCAGUAUCCGUCUCAGCAAGGCAUGAACCGCUACCCUAGCGUGCAGACCAGCCCAAGCGGUGUGAAGACCGAGAUGGGCCCGCCAGCUCGUGCAGGCGCCGAAAAUGAGUCGGUGGACAACAAAACACACGAUGGUUACGCAGCCCAGUCGGAUGCGGAGGGUGAGCACGAGGGUGAUUACACCCACACUAGUGCGUCUAAAGGCGCAGGGAAAGUCUCGUCCAACAUCAUUGCUAAUCACUCUUUAGGAGCGCUGCACUCCGACCCUUCCCAUAUCUCGCCGGAGAUGACACACUCACCGCACCAGAACGGAUCGGGCAGAGCCACGCCACGUACAGCUAACACCUACGCCAGUGGCUAUGGCACGUCACAGCGUGCAUCGCAGCUGCCUUCGAGCAACCUUUACAACGUAAUGAGCAACGACCCACGCGGAGGCGCUCCGAACGGGGCCGAGGCGUACCCGCCACAGACCAAUUACGCACCUCAGCAGUACUCGAAUGUGAACGGCGUCCCGCCGUCUAACAAGCGCAUGCGCGAGGUCGAUGACCAAGACGAUCAAUACAACCGACCCAUGAGCGCCACCGGCGAUCAGAGUCUCAAGCGUCAGCGUACUGAUCCAGGCUCGCGCCCGAUCAGCCAGCCGCAGUCAGUCAAGGCCGGCAGACGAUAG